AUGGCGGAGACUUUGAGACCUAAAUAACCUUGAUCCAGGCACUCUACUCCCACACUCUUAACUCUGCUGGGGUGAGUGUGCGGUCCUGCUGCGCUUUGUUAAGUCAGGUCAAUUCUCACGCCCCUCUCUUCCCAGCACCUCUGAGAUUCUCUGCUGGGCCUCUGCACUGGAACUGGAGCCCCACAAUGAUGAAAGUCCAGGGUGUCCUCUGGAUUUUGCUUGGACUGUUGCUGUGGCCAGAGUCAGAGACAGCCUCCUCCUUACCCCUGGUCAUGGACUCCAUCAUACAGGCCCUUGCUGAGCUUGAGCAAAAGGUGCCAGUAACUGAGGCCAGUGGCACUGCCCCUGCACGGAUACUGUCAGCCAACCACUUCAGCCCCCACAAUUCUCUUCACCAGUACUUGCUGCGGAAGGCACCAAGCCACAACACGACAGAGUCAGAGCUCCACUCACUGAGCCCAGAACUUCAGGCUCUGAUUUCAGAGGUGGCUCAACAUGAUGUACAGGAUGGGCAGGAAUACGGAGUGGUGCUGGCACCUGAUGGCUCCACUGUAGCCGUGAAGCCUCUACUGAUUGGGCUAGAGGCUGGUUUGCAGGGGCACGACUGCUUGGCCACCCCUUGUGAUGCUGGAGACAACACGACAAACGUUGCAGCCAUCUGGCCAGGACUAAUGGAUGCCUCCACAAAAGCCUCUUCUACAGAUGUUGGAGCUACUUCACCAAACGAAAAAGCCAAGACUCCCACCACUGUGGACAGACUCUUGGCACUCAUCUUGGCUGGAGACUUGGGUCUGACAUUCCUCCACGGUUCCCAGACUCAGAGUUCUCCAGGCCUGGGAACUGAGGGUUGCUGGGACCAGCUUUCUGCCCCCAGGGUCUUCACACUGUUGGACCCCAAGGCAUCCAGGCUCACCAUGGCUUUCCUCAAUGGUGCUUUGGAUGGAGCUCUCCUUGGGGAUCACUUGAGCCGGGUUUCUAGGCCCCGACCACCCCUCAGCCACCUUCUGAGAGAGUACUAUGGCGAUGGGGUGGCUGGCGAUCCAAAGUUCCGAAGUAACUUCCGAAGGCAGAACGGGGCCGCAUUGACUUCCGCUCCUACCCUGGCCCAGCAGGUAUGGGAAGCCCUUGUCCAGCUACAGAGACUGGAGCCAAAACAGCCACAGUUGCAGAACAUGACCCAAGAAGAGCUGGCUCAGGUGGCUACCCUUGCUACCAAGGAGUUCACUGAGACUUUCCUGGGAUGCCCAGCCAUUCUCCCUCGCUGCCGCUGGGGAGCCGCGCCCUACCGAGGCAACCCGACACCACUCCGGCUGCCCCUCGGAUUCUUAUAUGUGCAUCACACAUACGUGCCAGCGCCACCCUGCACCACCUUCCAGCGCUGUGCCGCCAACAUGCGCUCCAUGCAGCGUUUCCACCAGGACGUGCGUCACUGGGAUGACAUCGGCUACAGUUUCGUGGUAGGAUCCGACGGCUAUGUGUACGAGGGCCGUGGCUGGCACUGGGUGGGCGCACAUACACGCGGCCACAACAGUCGCGGUUUCGGCGUGGCCUUCGUGGGCAACUACACUGGGUCACUGCCCAGCGACGCAGCGCUGAAGACGGUUCGCGACGUGCUCCCGAGCUGCGCCAUUCGCUCAGGCCACCUGCUGCCAGACUACAAAGUGCUGGGCCACCGCCAGCUCGUGCGCAGCGACUGCCCUGGGAAUGCGCUCUUCAACCUGCUGCGCACCUGGCCUCAUUUCACCGCGGCUGAAAACUAAGAACUCCUCUGAGGGAGCCUUGGACAUCCAGGAAGCACUAUCUCUGAUGCUCCUUUGAGCAACCACAGACCACAACCUCCAAUAAAGGGACCACUGAAAGGAAGUCUCCAUGAGCAUCGUCUUACUUUGGCUUUACUCAAAAGUCAACUUGGAGACCAAAACCGAAGCCAAGUGUGUGGCUCAGUGCUAGAGAGUCUAGUUGACAAGAAACCUUUUGUUUCUUUUUUCUUUUUCUUUUGGGUUUUUCGAGAUGGGAUCUUGUGUCCCUGGCUUUUCUGAAACUCACUCUGUAGGCUAAGCUGCCUUUGAACUCCCAGAGAUCCCCCUGACACAGUCUUCUAAGUGCGGGGAUUAAAGGCGUGCACCAACACUGCCCAGCCAAGGCUCUUGAUCCUGACUCCAGAAUGGCAAAAUAAAUAAAACUGAAUAUGGGAGCUCG